CGAUAGUUUAGCAACAUUAAACAGCUGAUUUACUCGUAGUUUUUCUGUAAUACUUUUUAAUAGAAAUACAUAUAUCGACUGUUCAAAUAACGAUGUCAAAAUUACUGUCCAUGAAUUUAAGAUCAGGUGAAGCUGCGCGUAUAUUUGCACGUUUGAAAACAAAUCCACCAACAUGCAAUAAUUUAGUGCAAAAUAAUUUGGAGCAACGACAACAGUUCCACCUUACGCCAUGCUGUAGUGAAAUACGUAAAUUGGCACGAUUACGUGUUGUAGACAACAGUGAAAUAGGUAAACGUGCCAUGGCAGAGGGCAAACCACCACGCUGCAUUCAUGUUUACAACAAACGUUCUGUGGGCUAUAUUGGAGAUAAGGUGCUUGUUGCUAUCAAAGGGCAAAUGAAGAAAGGAAUUCUAGUUGGAUUGAAACAGAAUCAGAAGCCUAAAAUUCCAAAGUUUGAUAGCAACAAUAUAGUGCUAAUUGAUGACAAUGGCAGCCCGCUUGGAACUCGUAUACACGUUCCUAUCCCGACGAUAUUACGCACUAUCCUCAAAGAAAAAACUCAAGCUAAAGGAGCAGAUUAUACGAAAGUCCUAGCUAUAGCAAGCAGAUUUGUUUGAGAGGCUAUGUUAUUCACCCUUAAAAUAAAGUAAAUAUUCUUAGUUUCUAUGCUGAAAAAAAAAACAAAAUGGUUUAGUUUCAUGUGGCAAUAAAUUAAGCUUUUUAAGCACUUAUA